AUUCUGUUGAUAAAUGAGUUAGAAGCACUUUAGAAUUUAUUAGAAAUGAACAAUGACCACUUUCUGGAUUUUACUUUUGAUCUUCAGCACCAUGUUCCAACCUGGUAGACGCUGGGUCACUGCACAGUCCCUCACAGACUCACUGGUUUUUCAUCCUGAUAAAGAGCUCAGUGUGAAUAUCGGAGACUCGGCUACUCUGCGGUGUUGUGUUUCUGAAAACGAAUUUGGGAUGACAGCCUGGUUUAAGCAAAAAGACAGAAAACCACCUCAACUUAUGAUCAAGUUCUAUAAGACUUCUGAAGAAAUGUUUUAUAAUGGAAUCGAAAAGUCUCGUAUUAAAAUGGAAAGAUCUUCUAACUGCUUCAAUAUGACCAUUUUAAACAUCAUUCAGUCUGAUGAAGCCAUGUACUACUGUGCAGUAUUGAUAGCACACCGCCCCGUGUUUGGAGAUGGAACUUACUUAAACAUUAACGAAACAUCUAAACCUGCCCUAUGUGAUAAUUCAGUGGUGCGUGAACCAACACUGCAUAGAAACAACACUAACAUGAACACACAAGAGAAAGCAGUGCUCGGUUUGGGAACGGCUUUGGGUUUGUGCGCACUUCUGAUUUUCUGCCUCACAUAUUUCAUACUGAGGAGAAGAAAAUGCGAUAAAUUGAACACGUUUAGAGAAGAUUCUCCAGGAAUGAGGCAGGAACCUGAAGCUGAAAUACUGAAUUAUGCAGCUUUGCAGUUCUCAAAAAGGAAAGCCAAAGCUGAAGAAAAAAGGAAACCUGGCUCAUCAGAUGGGUGUGUGUACUCUGAUGUGAAGAAAUCUGUAAAAUCUGUAAGAUGUAAUAAAUGAAUGUUUACACACGGUUCUGUUACACUGCAAAUACUUUGAAAAUAUUUUAGCAAUUUCAUCAAAUCCAUCCUUACUCUACAAAAUGUAUUUCUGUAUUUUGAUAAUGUAUUUUGCUCAUUUUGAGCUUGAACAUGUCUUAUGUUGCCGAUCCAUGGACAUUUAUUUAAUCGUAUUUCUGUUUGAAAUAAAAAAAAUAUUACAUCAUAAUUUAUCAUAUUAAAGAUAUUAUUUUUGCAGUGCCGAUAUAGUAUUGCUUUUGUACACGUUUUAAAGUAACUCCUGGAGAUUUCUCACCUCUAUAUUUUUAAUUGUCAUGUUUUCAGCUUAAACUAAGAGUGAAGUGACAAUUUAAGCAUUUUUAUGACUUUAUUGUGGCUAUAGUGAGGUUUUGUUGUCUCAUUUGUAAAUGAUUCUUGUUGAAGAUCCAAUAAAUAUAAUGAUUUCCGAGGUUAAGCGAACAAUAUUGUUCCGUUACUAAUGUGGUUUGGUUUGGGAUAAAACAUAUAUCGUGGGCUACAAAC